GUGACACGUUCACUAAAAAAAAACCCUUUUGUAGCGAAUCAUUUAUUAAGAAAAAUUGAGAAGCUUAACACAAAGGCGGAAAAAGAAAUAAUAGUAACUUGGUCACGGGCAUCUACCAUUAUACCCACAAUGAUUGGACACACAAUUGCUAUUCAU